AAUAGAACCAUAAUAGUGUUUAAACUUAUAAUUUCAAUUAAUUAAAGUCGAAUCUCGACUACUGCGGGGCCACUAGUUAUAUUCAAAGCACGUACGAUAACAUGGCGUCUAUCAUUCCCAUUCGUCCAAUAUCAGUCAAUGCUCAGGCGUCGUUCUGACGUCACUUUAGUUCGGAACUGCAACGCCAGACGGUGUUAUGUUAUUCAGGAUUUCGAUUUUGGCUCGUACACACUGUUGUUUGAGGAGAAUAAAAAAUCGAAGCUAAUUUAUUUUAAUUGUGGCAUUGUGGUGUUGUACCAUAAUAUAUAGUAUAACAGUAAAAGUACUUAUACUAAUUCUGCUGUUUUUAUCGGAAUUUCAAAUAAUCUCAACCCAACCGGGAUGUCUUUGAAGAAUAGGUUAAUUGCAAGUCUACAAAAACUAAAGGAAUACGAUUACACUGACGUAGACAAGGCAAGAGCUAGUGACGCGAAGGCCGAGAAUGCCCUCAACUUAAUAUACCAGACCGCUUUAAAGAAAACAACUUUUACAACAGAAGAGAAGAAAAUUGUAGGUUCUCUUUUAUUUGAUGCCAUCACACCGAUACAAAGCAACAUAGAAGGAACGGCCUGCGAAUACAGAACUAGAUUAGAUACCUCUGUGCUUAUGAAAAGAUCUGCAAUACAAUUCUUGAUUGACGAAUACGGGAAGUUUCCAGUUGAGAAUUCUAUCUUGGCUACAAAGUUAGAGGAAGCCGGCAUAGCAGAGAGCGUUGAAAUACUCAAUGAAAUUAUAAAUAGGUACUGUGAUAUGAGCGAUUCUGACGAGGGCUCCAGUGACAGAGAAUCGGCGGGAUCCCAAGAAGUACCAAGGUCGCACAUUUGGUGGACUGCGUGAUAAAUCAGCUCGCAACUAUACAGGCAAAGUUGACGUAUCAAUUACCUUGCUAACGACAUUAUUCAUAAAGCGUUAAAUCGAUAUAAUACAAAAUGAAUUUCAUAUCGAACGUACUGGAUUCGAUUCCGGUUGUAGGCCACGUAAAAGGAAUUGUUCAUUAUGCCGUUGGAGAUACAGAAGGAGGCAACAAUUCUAUGUAUCAAUCUACAAGGACAUCGGCGGUCCUAGCAGGAGGAGCAGUUGGAUGCCUCGCAGGACCGGCAGGAGCUGCAUUGGGAGGCGUAUACGGAGGCAUGAUUACAGACGGCUUGGUUUCUGCGGCUAAGAACGAGCCUGUAGGUAUUUUUGAGUCAAGUGCAAAUAUAGGUAGAGACAUUGCUUCAGGCAAAAAUCCAAUGGCUUCUGUGGGUUCCGUAAGUUUCAAAAUCGCCAUGGACGGUAUAGGUGGCUUUGGCAUGGGAGGAGUUUCUAGCGUUGCCAGUAAAGUCCCGGCGAAGGCCGUCGCAAAAACCAUAGAAGGCACUGUAAAAAAAGCUGCUGCAACUAUUGGGGAGGAGAUGAUUGAGAAGUCAGUGCAAUUAACUGCAGAAGAAAUGACAAAAAUUGUGGCAAAGAAAGUGUCAGAAAAAGCCGUGAAAAAAGCUGUCGAAACUGCAGCAAUACAAACACAAAUGCUUCUGGUGUCUGCUCACGUCGGAGUAAAUGCUAGUGAAAAAACCAAAGCUGAAAUGCGUGCUGAAGAAGAACGUAAACAACAGAAACAAAAAGAAGAAGAAAAAAAGGCGCGUGAAAAUCGCGAUAAAAAAAAUACUGGAUCGUGGCAACCGCCACGCGAGAACAGAAACAAUAAAGAGUCCAAUGUUGAUAAUGAAGAGUCCGACGAGGAGGUAUUUGAAAAGUUCAUGAAAUUACUUAAACAGCUCUUGAAGCUUCUCUACGGCAAUAACAGCGAACCGUUCACAAGAAUUUUCGAGAAUUUAUCACCAGGCCAAAUAGCGUAUUUGGUGAAAAUAAUCAGAAACCUUAACUCAACUGGAAUUUUACAGAUAGUGUUAGAUUUUACAUUAAAACUGUUUAAAUUGUACUUUUCUAAAGAUAUCUCAUUCACAAAUAUCCUGAGUAUGUUAGAAUUCGUCGCAACUUACAUUGAAGACCAGUUGUAUUUUAUGACCAAAACCAAAGGUAAACCGACUCGUCAAUCAGAUGCCGACCGGAAUGAGCGUCGAAGGAACGCCAUCAGAGAACUUCAAAACAAAACGGAUAUAAUUCAGAAAAUUGCUGAUCUAUUCAGACAUUUACAAGCGGAAAUCAUAGCUGAAACGAGCGCGCCUAAUAUAAUUUCCCCCUAUUUCCGUGAUAUAUUCUCAGCUGUGUAUCAUUAUUACAAACACAGACGCGUGCCCGUGCCAGGCCAUGAGAAGCUGACAGUCAAACAAUAUUUCGACUUGAUAAGGAUGGUAAUUAUAAAAAUGAAAGAAUCACCGGAAUACAAAAAAAUGCAGAGGGCCAGAAAUGGAACGACCCUCACUUGUGAAAUGUACGUGGUCUUGUUCGGUAGGAUGUUCAGAAUUAUUAUUACUGUUCGAGAUGGUGAAAUUGUAUUGAGUACCGCCUAUGUAGUCAAGCGUAUGAACUUUAAUGCCAAAGAAGGCAUUCUUUACAUAAAAUUCGGUGAUGGAGAUGUACAGAAGUAAUAACCUCAAAUUACUUACUGGUGGUAGGACCUCAUGUCCGCACGGGUAGGUACCACCGCCCUACCUAUUUCUGCC